CUGUAGACCAGAUCGACCUUGCCAACCUUCACUUCAAGUUCAUCAAGCCAAGGACGAGCAUCGCCGCGUUGGAAGAAAAAUAAGGAAAGUUUCAGAAAAGUGUUCUGUGGAAUAUCCUCAAAAGUGAAAAUCUAAAACACAAACGGGUCGCUAAAAGCGUGCGUGAAAACAGUGAUUAAAACCUGUGUGAAAAUUGCGAAUUUCUUCGAAAGAGUAUUGAGUGAAAAUGGUGACCGGAGGAAUCGACGAGAGCAAAACGGAGGGCGAAUUCGACCAGCAGCAGCUGGACGAAAGUUGCUCGGAUGAAAGCGACACCGGACCGGCCGGGGCCCUCUCGUCCAAGUUCGACCGGACGGAUGUGUCCAUCAAUACAAAUCCGCUGCCCUACGGGAAGUACACCUUGAUUGGCAUCGACAUUGAUACGACGGGUCGUAGACUGAUCGAUGAAAUUGUCCAGAUCUCCGCCUACACGCCGGAACAUCAGUACUCGCAGUACAUCAUGCCGUUGAUGAACCUGAAUCCGGCCGCCCGUCAACGGCACCAGGUUCGCGUCAUUACCGUUGGAUUCUUCCGGAUGCUGAAAAGCAUGCAGACUUACCGGGUGGUGAAAACCAAGACCGAAAUCUCCGCCCUGAACGAAUUUAUCAACUGGCUGGAAGAGCGGUACCGGGAGGACGAAGGUUCCGAAGGCAUUGUCCUGAUCUACCAUGAGCAGCGCAAGUUUGUCCCAUACAUGCUGAUUGAGGCCGUGAAAAAGUACAACCUCCUGGAUCGCUUUAAAUCCAUUGUAAAGUCCUUUGCUAACGGUUUCAAGCUGGCCGAGGAGAAGUGCAGCAAAACCAUCAAGUACUUCUCGAUCCGACAGCUGGCCAAGCUGGUGCUGGACGAAAGCGAGGCGAAGGAUGGAUUUGAGGGAAAUGCCGCGUACCGGGCGCGUUUGGCGUACCAGCUGGCGCGUCGAUUGUCCAAAGAAGACGACGAAAAACCACCAACAAACGACUCUACUCAGGUGGCGGCCGAGUGCGAAGAGACGCAAUCGGACGACGAAGCCGAAACCGAGGAGGGCGCUGUUGGUGGAUCGAACACUGCCGAAGAUGAGGCCAAAUCGCAAGAGAGCGGCGCAGCAACAGUUAACGCGGAGAACAAUGGUGGUCCCCAGGGUCAGAACGACUCCGAUGACGAUCGGCAUCAAACCGAUGUGGACGCUGUCACCGGCCAAGUGACGACAAUUCCGGAACCGCAACCACGAUCCCGUCCAACGACCGAGGCCGAGCGCGAGAAGAUGUGCUCGGUGCUGUGCGACCUGGCCUCACCGAUCACCAGCGAAAUUUCCGAGCUUGACGAGCAGGAGAAGAUUCUGAUUCGCCAGAAUUCUCUCCGGCCGGUGUUUUUGCAGUACUUCAAGACGACUAUUUAUCAUAGAGUUAAGGCUGUAACGUACAGACGAGUGCUGGCCGAAUACGGACACGAUUUCGCCUCGCUCCAGCAGGUUUGGAACGACAGCAAGCGAGAGGGUCUGGAGGCGGUGGUUAACAAGAUCACCGAAUUGAAGGAGGAAGAGCGCACCGAGCUGGUCGAGUUGCUCGAUUGCCACUACGAUCCGGAGAAGCAACAGCUGAAGCCGGUGGUGAAGCGGGUGCGCGGUCGCUCUUCGAGAGGGCGCCUCUUCUUUGGCAACAAGAGCAACAAUGUUUCCGGUAAUGGCAACGGCAAUGGCGGAAACUACAACGCCGCCAACAAUGGCAAUGUUGGCAACGGAAAUGCCAAAGAUCAGCGCAAAGCAGUGCAUGGUGGUCGCAACAAUUACCACAAUAACAGUAAUGCCGAUAUGAACAACAACCAGGGAGGUGGAAAGAACAAUUACAAUAACAACAGUGGCAACAAUCAACCUCCAUCGCCAAAUGGCGGUGCCAACGGUAAGAAGUUCCGUCCCCGUCAAAUGAGGCGCCGUCGGAACCAGGCAGGUGGAAGACAGAACGCGAUGAAUCAACAACAGCAACCGCAGAUGAUCCACGCCAACGCUUGAGCGGCAGAAUUCACACGGCGCGCUCUCUCUUUAUGUUCCUCUCCGCUGGUCGAAGUGGAUUUGAAUGGUAUUUGAAGAACAGAUUUGAAUUGGAUUCCUUACGUUUAGUUAUGUAAGUGCUGCAGAUAAUUAUUGCGUCUUAAGUCGAUACUAGGAGGGCGUUCCGUAUUCAGAUGGCCAGCCAGAGGCCCGAUUUGCGGGAAGCUUCGUUUAAGAAGGUUUCCCAUCCUUAUAGAGUUUAGGUAGUUUGAACGAGAGUAAGCUGCGUGUUACGGAGGGGUGUUAUUAGUUAAUAACUGAUCGGUGUUUUUAAAAAAAAGUAUCUUAUGCUUCUUCAUAGAUUUUUAAACAUUACAUUAUUGUAAUCCAACCAUUAUUUUUAUAUUUACAAUUUGUUUGAGCUGUUUUAGAGUCAAAAUGCACUCAAAAUUGCUUUUGGAUUUUUUUUGGAAAACGGAAAAGCGAUCGCCAUGAUUUUCGGCGACUCGCGGGGAAGAAAGCGCGCGCUUCCAUGUGGUGUUGUCCGGAAACACGUCGCGGAUCGUCUUUUUUGCAUCACCCAUAAUGGCUAAAAGUUUAACGCAAGCAAAACUGAAUAUACCGGAAGAUUGUAACCUCGAUUGAAAUGUAACGGAAAACAGGCGCGACGCGAGAUGAUGUGCGGAAGCAAUGAAAUUCGAUAGUUUUCGAGUGGUAGGAGAUUUGAGAUAAAGAUUACGCUAAAAUGAUUUCUUGUUAGAAUUUCGCACUCACUGGUCAGGAUCGCGCUAUUUUCGAGCAAAACACCAAUAUUUACUAUGUUAGGAAUGGAUAAAAGAUCUUGAAUAAUGUUUGAAAUGAUUUGAAUUUGUCGGUUUAAGAAAUGCAAGUCUCUCGACCGUCUGCGAUGUGUCGGGGCUCUUGUUUAAUGCAAAAUAAAAAAAGCGAAAGCAAGCAAA